GAAUGAGUAACAAACACAGCACCAAUUUUACCAACAUCAAACGCAAUACUAACAGCAGCACGCAGCCAGAAAUUUCACAAACGCUGCAUCGCACGUUGUUGAGAACAGUGGAGCUCCCUGUGAGAUGCGGAGGACACCACCGCAAAAUAAAGUUGACAGAUCCGGAACUGGGCAGUCUGGAAGCUCGCCAAGGGUGACGCUCCGACUCAACCAGGUACGUGGAGCGAGGGAUGAGAAGAAAGGAGGUGGUAAUUUAAAUUUCCGCCAGAGCAACGUAAGCAUACAGGGUCAAGGUUCAAUGGAGACUUCAUCGAAGAUGUCGAUCAACGUCUCGUCGGCAAACUCUAAUACCGUUUUGGGCACCGGCAAUAUGUCGUCAUCUACUGAUAGUGGUGAUGUAUACGAGUUCAAAAGCUCGAAAGAGCCGACCCCGGUGAGAGGUGCGAGUUCGUCUCCGAAUCCUAAUCUGGACAAAGACAAGGAUGGUAGCGGCAAACCCUCGAAUGUUCAAGGUAGUCAGAGUAGUGGAAAUAACGCAUCCACCACUGGUAACUCAUCGACAUCUGUAAGUGAAGCAACGAUGGUAUCUUUGACUUCUACUGACGAAACGUCUGCUGUCUCUACGUCUUCACCAUUAGCGAAACGUAUUUUCGAGAGUGACAAUUCAGAGGAGCAAGACGAGGAAAAUCGACGAAAAAAGCGCAAGGAUUCCGAGACCGCAAAGGAAAACACAAAAAAUAAUCCGACGGGAAGACAGAGUACUGGUAGAAAUUCUGCCAGUAGUGAAAAGUGUAUAAAAUCUAGUAAGCAAGGAUCUGGAAUGGCAUCUGGUAAAGGAAAUCAAAAUACGAAUUCCAAUGCGGACAGAAAGAGUCCUAGUGCCUCUUCAAUGGCCACUAGUCCGAAACCUUCGAAUACUUCUAGUUCGACGAGUGCGAAAAACGGUACUCCGGCACCACCCGAAUCUGACGAUGAGGAAGACCGAUUGAAAUGUUUGGAUUCUAAUUCUGCCCCUAAAGUACCACCUUUAAAGAUAGUUAUUCCGCAGAGUACGGCAUCCGAACAGGAACAAGGCAAUAGGAAUGGUAAAAAUAUUGCAAGUCGAAGUCAUCAGUUGCCCUAUGUAGUCGCUAGUUCAAAUAGCGAUUCGACCGAGAAAGAUCCAAGCCAAUCAACUAGUGGUACGACUAGUCCUACAGAAGGUAACAUCAGCAUAAAAGGAGAAGACAAGAAAGACUUUAGUGUGACUCUGCAUGGAGAAGAAAGAUCGACGCAUCAUCAACGUGUACUCAGAAGUUCACACAGGACUGGAAAUGGUAAUAAUGGUUCCACGGCACCAAAAGAAGCUGUUUCUUCUUCUGGUAAUGGAGGUUAUUCCACCUCAUCACCAUUACCAGUUAAUACUAUUAUAGACCGUUCGAAUAACUCUUCACCGCAACAAAGGCAUCAUUCGCCUACGCCAGAAAUAGUUGGAUCCGAUGUAAAUAAAACUAAUUCGUCAGAAUCCACAAAUACGGGAAUUGUCUCGAAGUGUAACAUAGCCGUGGAAAAAUUGGAUAAAAAUAUAGAAGCUGCCGGGAAAAAUCAAAAGGAUAGCAAUAUGGAAAAUUUGGAGAAUAUCUCGGUAACCACUUCUUCAGCGAUAUCUAAUGCUGGUAUACCAGCACCACCUGUCGAACUUCACCCUAGAAAGAGAAAAAUGAAACCUAGUAAAGAAGCACAACAGGCUGCAGCUACGGUUUCUGCUAAUGAAGCGACCGAGGCUACUAGUACGGGACCAGAAAUUCAUCCACAUGAUCAACCAAUUACCAAUUGUUACCAGCUAUUUCUGAAUAUUAGAAAACAGAUUGAGAGAAGACGAAAGGGCUUGUUCCCGGUUCAACCGAAACCUCCUCAAGGUUUUAAGGAUUACUUGAUGAAUCGCUGUACUUAUGUAUUAGCCGGUAAUGCAAAAGAACCGAAUGUUAAUCCACCUGUUGGUUUACAUGGAGCUAUGAAAGAUCUGUAUGUUGAACAAGAAAAAGAACGAUAUCGUCUUAGGAUGCAACAUGUGGUUGAAAAAGAGAAAUUAGUUUUGUCAGUGGAGCAGGAAAUUCUUAGAGUUCAUGGUAGAGCCGCUAGAGCACUUGCUAAUCAAUCUCUUCCUUUUUCUGUUUGUACAAUUCUUAAAGACGAAGAAGUAUAUAACGUCAUUACUCCUGAACAAGAAGAAAAAGAUAGGAACGCAAGGAGUAGAUAUAAUGGUAGACUGUUUUUAAGUUGGCUUCAAGAUGUGGAUGAUAAAUGGGAAAAAAUAAAGGAAGGUAUGCUGUUGAGACAUCAUAAUGAGGCAGAGUCUUUGCACGCCGUUCAACGAAUGCAUUGGGAAUGGAAAUUAAAAGAAGUAGGACUUUGUGAAUCCAAAACGACACCUCAGAUAGAAGAUGUUCAUGUUCCCAUGGUGCAUGUUUCAGACGAUUUUGAUUUGUUACCAGCUUAGUGUAUAAUAAUCAUAUAUUUCGUUUUUUAUAUACACAAUUUUUUUCGUGUCUUCGAAAUAACGUAAACAAUGGCUUUAAUCUGUGAUCUCUAUCAAUAUAUGCACCAUCAUUAUGUCAUUACAAAUUCAUAUUGUAAGUGAAUAUGCAGCAACAAACUGCAUAGGAAUUUUACAAAUAUAAAUUGUAUUGCAAUAUCA